AUGUGGACAUUACAAACCAUGAGAAUUCAUUGCAAGGUGGUCCCGGUUGAAGGGCAAGAGAACGGCCAAGGGGAGGAAGAGGAAGAGGAAGAGGAAGAAGAGGAGGAGAAGGUCCACGAGGAAGAACAGCCAGAGUCGGCGCCCGUUAUCGCUGUAGAGACGGUGGUUCUGCCUCCCCCUGUAGAGCAUGAAGUCAAAAAAGUCACACUGAGCGACACCCUCACCCGGCGGUCCAUCAGCCAGCAACGUUCCGGAGUCUCCAUCACCAUCGAUGACCCCGUCCGCACGGCCCAGGUCCCCUCCCCACCACGGGGCAAGAUCAGCUGUAUCGUUCACAUCUGCAACCUGGUGAUAUUCGACAGUGGAAGAAGCCGUCGCGACACGAAACGCCCUCCACGGGGUCAAGUGGCCCCAGUCUAACCCCAAGUUUUUAUCCGCUGAUUUCGUGGAGCAGAAUGAGCUGGAUUUCCAUCGCGGUCUUCUGGCCGAACGUCCCGCCGAGGCCAAGGCGGACGAAGCGCCCACCUUCCCCGGGGUGGGCCCCACCACACGAGGGGAACGGGAGCUGUCCCGGCGCUCAGAGGCACGGGAGCGGGAAGCAGCUGUGCGGGAGCAGUGGGCCGAACGGGAGCGAGAGAUGGAGCGCCGGGAGAGGACCCUGGCGGAGCGGGAAUGGGAUCGGGACAAAGUGCGCGAGGGCCCCCGCUCUCGCUCCCGGUCCCGAGAGAGACGCCGCAAGGAGCGGCCUAAAUCGAAGGAGAAGAAAGCAGAGAAGAAAGAAAAGGCCCAGGAAGAACCUCCGGCUAAACUUCUCGACGAUCUAUUCCGAAAAACCAAGGCAGCCCCCUGCAUUUAUUGGUUACCCCUCACGGACAUUCAGUGUGUCCAGAAACAGGCCGAGCGAGCGGCUCGGGCUCGUGAACGAGAACGCCGGCGCAAAGAACUGGAAGCUGAGGAAGCCCGUCAGCGGGAACGCAACCGCCAAGCCGAGCGGGACAAGCGGCGGGAACACAGCCGAGAGCGAGAACGCGAGCGUCCCAAUGCCACCAGCGGCGGUGGGGCCAGUCGAGCGGGCGAACGCAGCAGCCGAGGAGACCGCGAACGGCGCGAAGCCAAAAGCCGCCACAGCCGGAGUCGGAGUCGGAGCACGCCUGUACAGGACAGAGGGGGGCGCCGCUGAGCUAUUCCCCAGCCUUUCUUUUGACCUUCGGGCGGGGGGAGGAGUUGGUGGUGGGGGGCACUUUCCCCGAAAUCGAGCUCCUGAGUUUUGCAGGCGAGGAGGAACGAGGGGGAGUGAGUUUCUUUGCCCACUGCUGGAAGGGCCGAGAGGGGUCCGGCGUGGCUGGCAGGCAGCCGAAGUGGUAGGGCUCUCCCCCCUCCCUCCCCCCUAACAUGGGGAUAAGUUUGAUUCCCAGCCCCUCCUGCUCCCCUCUUCUGGAGCCACUGUCCUUCCCGUUGAUUUGUAUUUUAUUUUGGGAAAAUGUUUUUUUUUUAUUCUUCUGAUGAUACAGGAAAGAGAGCAUAAUAAAGAGAUGGCGUUAGUUUUAAA